AUGGAGAAUAUAGCAGAUUCAGCUCCCUCACAAGAGAGGGAAAACCCCACGUCAAAGCAAGAUGAGUACGCCCAAAGUACUCACAAGGGCAAAUUUCGCUUCAAGAGCAGCUCUCGCUCCUCAAAACAUUCUUCAGAUCGAAAACACCAUAAACGCGAUCGAAGCUCAGAGAGCAAAUCCAAAGAAAGAACCUACAAAAAUCGUCCAAGCCAUCGAUCCAGAACCCAGUCCCACACCCAACCAAGGCCUGGAAACUCCCCACCCCGCGCUCUUUCCCCAGGCGCCGCAUUCCGUGAAUCGCUAUUCGAUGCUUUGGGAGACGAUGAAGGGGCUGCAUACUGGGAGGGCGUUUAUGGACAACCUAUCCACAAUUAUGCAGUGCCCAAUGUUGAAGGACCUACAGGUGAACUGGAGCAGAUGGACGAAGAAGAAUACGCCGCAUAUGUACGCGCACGAAUGUGGGAGCGCACACGUGAAGGAAUGCUUGAAGAGCAGGAACGUUAUCGCGAAGAGAGACGGCGAAAGAAGGCGCGAGACCAGGAAUCGUCUGUGCGGGAUCAUGAGCGUAUGGCGUUUGACAGAGCUAUGGAUGACAGUCUACGACGGGGCGCGGAGCGCAAAAGUCGAAAGAAGUGGGAAGAAGCUUGGGAAACGUACCUGGCGCGGUGGGAGGAGAUUUCAAAGAUUGCCGGGUCAGGCAAUUCGAAGGAGAGCUCUGGUGCCGAGUCUGGAACUUCGAAGCCGUUGCGCAAUCUACUUUUCUGGCCUGUUGAGUCGGGGAAGAGGGUUGAUGUGAGUCCGGACUCUGUACAAGCAUUUAUGCGGCAUGCGCCGGCUUCUACGGAUUUACUGGUUAUUCUUAAGGCUGAGCGAGUACGGUGGCAUCCGGAUAAGAUGCAGCAUCGGUACAGUGGUUUGGGGAUUGAUGAUGUUGUUAUGCGCAGCGUGACGGAAGUAUUCCAGAUUGUGGAUCGGAUGUGGAAUGAGGAGCGUGAGCGACAAGCUUGA